CACUUGCAAAUUCACCACCUUUAUUGUAUCCCACAUAGUUACUCAAUAGAUCGUGUGUAAUGACAAGAUGUUGAACGCAGCAAAAUGGCAAUGUGACGUGCUGAGAUACCAGAUCUGAUAGGAUGCCGAUUUAUAACUGUCUAUAAGCCUCUUUGUUACGAAACAGCACCAAGGAGCGAAGGGUUAAGGUUGUAAAUUUAAUUUACGCCGAAGCCGCACUUUUGUUACGCCGGAAUUCAUUCUGUAGGAUUAUAUAAUCGACCUCACAACUGAGCCCUCGCACAUGACAGUGUAGCAUAUCCCCGGGCCAUACCAUUCCCUCUUCGACGAGAUGUUCCAAAGGUCAAACUUACAUAUCUCACAUGUUGAGAAACACACUUCGCUGAGCCGGUCGCCCAAGCAUGAUGAUAUCAACAGCUGGCAGUCGACUCUUAUGGACUUGUCUUCCACUUCGACGAAAUGCAACUACUCGCGAGACUUAACCGACUAUUUGCAGCUUAUCCUUACAUCCAGAGUACAUGAGGUGGCCAAACCUACCCCCUUGACUAAGGCAAGCGGUCUCAGUGAGGAACUGGGAUGCAACAUAAUGUUGAAGCGGGAAGAUAUGCAACCUGGAUACUCCUACAGGCUAAGAGGGAUAUAUAACAGGAUUGCCAACCUGCAUAAGGAGCAGAGGUGGAAAGGCGUGAUUACGUCUUCUGCGUCCCAUUCUCUAGCUGUAGCAUACUCAGCAAGCAAGCUUCGAAUCCCAUCGAUAGUUGUUCUACCAGAGCACACCUCAAAAGCCAAGAUCAAGGAACUAACUCGUCUGGGGAGUACUGUGACGUUACACGGACAUAGUGCCGAUGCUGUGAACGAGGAGUGUUUACGAUUAAAGUCACUUCAUGAUAUGACCCUCAUUCCUGAGCCCGGAGAUGAGCACAUAAUUGCAGGACAUGGCACGAUCGGACUGGAGAUAAUACAGCAGACGAUUCCUUCUCAGGUCCAAGCGGUCUUCUGCCCGAUUUCAUGCGGAGCUUUGAUAGCAGGUGUGGGCAUCUACCUUGAGCGCAUCACUCCUAACAUUAAAGUCAUUGGGGUCGAGCUUCACGGCUCAACAGAGAUCCCCGAGCUAAUACGCAGAAAAGGACAGAUAACGCUGGAAGAGCAUCUGUUGUCGAGGAACAUCUGCCCCAAAGUUGCUCGAAUUUGCAGCGAUGUGAUGGAUGACAUAGUCCAAGUCACUAUCAACGAAGUCUUGAUAGCAACAAAGAGCAUAUAUGAAGACACGAGACAACUUGUUGACACAGAAGGUGCACUGGCUGUUGCCGGGAUGAAGAGUUGGAUUCUAUCAAAGGGACUCUUGGAAUCGGAACAGAACUUUAUCGCCAUCACGUCGGAAGCGCAACUCGACUUCUCCAAGAUACCGAAUAUCGUCAAGCAAGCGUCGAUGGCUGAGAGGGCAAUGGAAGGCCAAAAUGAGGAACCAGAAACGCGUUAUCCGGGAACAUCAUCGCUCGAGGCAAACGGUGGAUGGUCUAGUAGUACGACUGUCGUUGAGACGGAAACCUCGACGACUUCUACAUCAGAUAUCGAAACGAGGCAAUGGCUAGGUUGA